AUGCGAAAUGUAAAUAAGGAAGUUGUAAUUCAACACCCUACUACAGUACUACUAGUUCCACAUUCACAUUGUGACGCUGGCUGGUUAGCCACGUUCGACGAAUAUUAUGCACAUUUGGUCAACUCGAUUCUUGAUCAUGUUUUAGAUACACUUAGCAAUGAACCAGAUAAAAGGUUCAUUUGGUCAGAGAUUUCAUUCUUCAAAAAUUGGUACGACAAGUUGAAUGAUACAAAGAAGAAGUCAAUACAUAGGAUUGUUGAGAAUAAGCAAUUCGAGUUUAUUGGUGGUGGUUGGGUGCAGAAUGAUGAAGCUGCGGCAAAUAUAGAUGACAUAUUGGACCAAAUCAGUGAGGGUCAUAAAUGGGUAUUGAAGCAUUUCAACAAGACCGUGGAGUAUGGAUGGCAGAUCGACCCGUUCGGACACUCCUCGCUUACGCCCACGCUCUUUGCCCAGUUUGGCUUCAAGGCCAUGGUGGGCAAUCGUAUCUCUGACACUGACAAGGCCAUGCUGCGCGACGCCAAGCAGCUGGACUUCCUCUGGCAGGGCAGCGAAGCGCUCGGCAACACCAGCCAGCUGUUCGUUCAUUUGCUCGACUAUCAUUACGGCUUCCCCUCGCACAAGAUAUACCCGCGCGAGAACUCAUUAUCAGAGUUCCGCUACGAUAUCGAGACGAUCACUCGCAAGUUCUUCAAACACAUCAAUGACUAUAGAUCACAUACACACGCCAACGUAGUGAUGAUACCUUUUGGAGAUGACUUCACAUAUCCUACGCCCGUGAAGAACCUUGCUGCCGAGGCACUGGGACUGGGUUUCAUUCUAGACUCAACCAAGCCUGAUGACUUCAAGCGUGGCGACCUCCUUCUCAACAGUCUACGAGCUACCAUGGGUGAUCACAACAUCGAGGACAUUCGUUAUGCCACCCUGUCCGAGUACUUUGAGCUGCUGUUCAAGGAUGUCGAGGAGCGUCAUCAAGCUCUUCCAACAUACAAGGCGGACUUCUUCCCCUACGUCACACAUGUAACCGAGUCAUGGAGCGGUUACUACACCAGUCAUACACUGUUCAAGCGCGAGAUCCGUGAAACCUCUGCACUGGUGCGCGCAACCGACAUGUUCUACAGUGUUGCUCUUGCACGCUCUUCCGCCACCGACGAAGCUGCUUAUGAGGAUCUGAAGUCGUUGUAUCAAGAUCAAAGUGAUGCUCGUCGCAGUGUAUCGAUCACUCAACAUCAUGACUCUGUGACAGGCACUGCUAGGAGUUAUGUUAUGAAUGACUACUUCCAGAGUCUGCAAGAUGCAAAGCAAUCAGUACAUAACACUUUUGUCAACACUAUCCAGUACCUUGCCAAAGUGGAAGUGGACACACAGUUCUCAUUCGAUCAAAUACUCGACAUUGACAAGCUUGGACUCACUGACUCCUACGCAUUGAUCAUGGCCAACCCACUUGCAUGGACCAAACAAACACACUACUCCAUCCGUAUCACUACAUCCGAUCCAAAGCGUGCUGAACGACUACGUAUCCUGGGGGCUGACCAGCAACCAGUGAUCAUCCAAGUCGUCCCCGUGAUCCAUGGACAGAGCGACGAGAGGUGUAUAAUGGACGAUUAUAAUGAGUACUUGGUGUACUUCAUCAUUGACAUCCCAACCCUGGGGACUACAUCGUAUUUCUUGCAGGUGGUACCACUUGCUGAGUAUGAUGGACAUUCACCAUUGGCCACUGUCCAGAGAUACAAUGAUUCACUGCCUUCAGAUGUCCAGCUAGAGAACAACAAUGUUGCCGUCUCAUUCCAAGAUAAUGGAUUCAUUCAAUCAAUCACACUCAAGAAUGGUACAUCUUCAAACACAUUGGAGAUUAAGGAGAAGAUCAAACAAUAUAUAACAUCAGAGAGUGGAGCAUAUGUGUUCUCACCUGGUGCAAAGGUGGGAUACUUGGAGGAUGGCUACAAACAGUUCAUAACAAUCCGGGGUCCAUUGAUGGACGAGAUAUUGUACUACAACUAUGGAUCACAUAGAAGUAGUUGUUAUCCAAAGUCCAUCGUCAUGCACAGAUUGUUCAAGUCUCAGUUGGACACACCAUUGGCAUCCGAGACCAUCGUCGAGGUCGGUUACUCGAUCGAGGGCAGUGGAAACCGUGAGACCAUCCUCGUAUACGACACAAACAUGACCAAUGGUGGCAUCUUCUACACUGACAAUGGAAUGGAGUCACGCACUAGACAUCAUGUACCAGACCAAGGAAUCACUUACCAGUACUUCCCUGUUAUCAGCUCGGUCCACAUCAAGGAUAGCCAACUCCAGUUCUCAAUAUUCACUGAGCGCAGUCAUGGUGCUGCCUCUGCUAAAGAGGGUGCACUAGAGCUCAUGAUCCAUCGAUCACUGAUGCAAGAUGAUGGCAAGGGAUUGUCAUUCCCACAGCGGGAUAUGGCACGUGUGGAUGGCAAGAUCUACCUCAGUCUCGACUUCAAGGAUCUCGCACCAAAGGUCAACAAACAAAAGAUUGUCCAGAUAAACAAUCCAGCUGUUGUCAUUUCCUCAUUGAUCAACAAUGUCAAUAUUGAUAACUUGGCUGGUAGUACUCCCACCAGUUUCUUAAAUGGACCAUUCCCUGACAAUGUACAUCUAUAUACACUCAAGUAUUAUGAUCAGGACCAGUCAUCUUCAUCAUCACCCAUUCUCAACAUGAGAAUUGGUAACCUGGAGACUGGAGAGUUCCCCGCGCCCAAGUCCUUGCCACUAAAUGGCAUCUUUGCCGAUAUGGAGGUGACCAAUGUAACUCGUCUUGGACUGAACCUACUUCCCAAGCAAGAUCACAAUGACCUCCAUUUCGAGACAACUGGAUACCCAUUGGAGGGCAUCAACUAUUAUGAGCAUGGUGUUAGUGAGUUCAUUCCUUUGUUACAUAAGGAGAGAAACAAUGACCCAAGCAUCGUCUACCUCAAUCCACUCGCAAUCGAGUCCAUGGAGUUUGUGUUGACAGUUCAAGAUGCUGAUCAACAGAGUGCUGCCGGUGUGAACACAGCAAGAGACAUGAGGAAAAGACCAAACAAUAGACCAGCACAUGGAGGCGCUGGCUCAACUAAAGGCGCAACGAUGCGCUACCCCUACGACUUCUCAGUCUAUCGCCUGGACAACUCAUUCAACUAUGACUAUGGCCGCUUCAAGGAGGGUGUCAACUUUGCCUUGGUCAUUGGUGUGCCCAUGGCCAUCAUUGGUGGUAUUGUGGCCGUUGUCCUGCUGAUCGCUGUCAAGGUGUACAGAGUGAAUCGCACCAAUCGAUCCGGAGCAAGCCAUAGCCUAAACAGCAGCAGCAACAGUCUGAUCAACUCGCCGCCUGGCGGCAAGGACGAGGAGAGUGAUGUCGGCAGCAGCAGUUGCAUGAAUAGCGCAGUCAUGUCCUAA